AUGAUUAUAUCGCUUUAUUUGGUAAUGCUCGUGUUGCCGCUAUACAUCGCACAAGUAACGGUAUCAAAUGAAGGCGAUGAGGCAAUACAAGCAGACCUGACAAACGAUGACAAAAUAAUUACUGUGGCUAACGACAAUAAAACAACAAUCGAAAGACAAUUCAAAUAUAAAGUAUGCAAUAAAGCGUUGAAAAGAUCCGACAAUCUGAAAAGCCACCAUUUGACGCAAGGAAACGAACGACCAUUCAAAUGCGGCAUAUGCGAUAAAGCUUUCAAACAGCGCUGUUAUCUGAAACAACAUAUGCAAAUACAUUCGGAUCGAAACAAAUCAGAAUGCAGUGUAUGUAAAAAAGAAUUCAAACUGCGCCGCUAUCUGAAAGAACAUAUGAAAAUACAUGCGGAACGAAGCACAUCGGAAUGUAUUGUAUGUAAAAAAAAAUUCAUACAGCGCCGCAGUCUGAAAAAACAUAUGAAGACACAUACGGAUAUUGAAAGCAUACUGAAAUGCAACGUAUGCGGUAAAGUAUUCAAAUACUGUUCACGUCUGCUGAGACACAAAGUGAUACACGGAAACGAACGAUCAUUCAAAUGUCACGUGUGCAAUAAAACAUUCAAUGACUCCAGCAAUCUGAAGAGACACAAUUUGACGCAUGAGAACGAACGACCAUAUAAAUGUCACAUGUGCAGUAAAACAUUCAAAGUAUUCUGGAAUCUGAAGAAACAUAUAUUGACGCAUGGAAACGUGCGGCCAUUCAAAUGUGAAGUAUCAAAUGAUCAGCGAGUACAAGAAGGAAUAGAAAAUGAGGGCAAAAUAAAGAUUAUGGCUAAUAACAGUGAAGCAAACAAAAAACAGUACCGAUGUAAGCAAUCUGAAGAGGCACAAAUUAACGCACGGAAACGAACAACCAUUCAAAUGUCACGUGUGCAGCACAACAUUCAAAGACUCGAGCAGUCUGAAGAGACACCAAUUGACGCACGGAAACGAACGACCAUUCAAAUGUCACGUGUGCAUUGUAGCAUUCAAAGAUUCCAGCAGUCUGAAGAGACACAAAUUGACGCACGGAAACGAACGACCAUUCAAAUGUUACGUGUGCAAUAA